UUGGGAGUACCUCGUUUAGCGACCCCCCUGAAGUAUAACACAUGCAGUUUUCCAGCGGAGGAACGAUCCAUAUAUCAAGCACAUAAAACAGGAAGCACCGUAGCCCUCAAGUACCGUAACCCGCCAUUGACUGCAUUUGUCUUUUUCUUCGAGGGAUCAACACCCCAAAAGAAAGCCAGCGCUCGGCCUCUUCCCAAUACUUCCAAUUGCCUCUCGAUUACAUUGCAAUGGUUCAACAUUCUCGACCAUCUGUCCAAGCGGAUGACGAAUGGUCUCCUCUUAAGUCGGUAAUUGUAGGGCGAGCAGGGCAAGCAUGCUUUCCCAGCGCUCCCGCGGCUAUGAUCCAAGCCACGAUGCCUUCGCACCACGUCCAUCGUUUUAAGCCUCGAUGCCCCUUUGAUCAGAAAGUGAUCGCCAAAGCCGAGGCCGAACUGGAUUACUUCGCGGCAAUCCUCCAGGCGGAGGGUGUGCGGGUCUACCGACCGCUGGCGGGGGUUAACUGGCUGGAUGUCGACGGAUACACCGGGGCGAUGCCCCGUGAUGGGCUUAUGAGCGUCCAGAACACGUUGAUCGAAGCUUGCUUUGCGUGGCCCUGCCGCAAUCGGGAGGUUGAAAUCGCUUAUGAACCUAUCCUAAACGAGCUGGCGCUAGACAGGAGGGUGCAAAUCGUUCGCCGCCCACCACACACCUUGGCUGACACGUUGCUGGACGAGGAUGGAGGCAAAUCCAGCCCAUGGGUGAUUAACAACAGCCGCCCCGCGUUCGAUACCGCGGACUUCAUGCGCUUUGGCAAGACCAUCCUCGGACAAUUGAGCCACGUUACCAACCAAGCCGGCGUAGAGUACGUCCAGCGUAGCCUGCCCACGGGAUACAAGAUCGAGAUCCUCGAGGUCAACGACCCACAUGCUAUGCAUAUUGACGCGACGAUACUUCCACUUCGUGAAGGGCUGCUCGUAUACAACCCGAACAAAGUCACCGAGAGAGCGCUGCGUAAACACGCAGCACUGGCCGAUUGGGACUUACGUCCUUACCCCUUUACCCCAAAGGAGCCGGAAGACCCGCCGCUUUAUAUGACGAGCCCGUGGUUGUGCCUCAAUGCCUUGGUGUUGGACGGCAAACGGGUCGUGGUUGAGGCCAGUGACCAGCAGACCGCAAAGUGGUUCGAGUCUCUAGGGAUGAAAUGCAUACCGUGCCCCUUCAGGCACGUCAACAGUAUUGGAGGGUCUUUUCAUUGUGCCACGGUGGAUCUGGUGAGGGACAGUGCUCAAUAGCGCUAGGAAAAGUUGUUAAUAAUCAAUCCAGCUUCAAUGGCAUGUUUUGAUCUCCCUUUUUCUCCAGAGGAAACACUUAAAGCAUGUUGCCACUAUAAAACAGGAAUAUGGCUGCAGACCCGGAAUCUUUAGGCACUUAGCUUAGCUUGG